AAAAUAGCCAUUCCUAGCCGAAGCUCUGCAGGAGUGCCACCUCAGCCUAGCCCUCCCUUAACCUAUCCCCAACGAAAACUCUAUCAAAGUGCCACCUCAACCUAGCCCUCCCAUAGCCUAUCCCCGAAAAAAACUCUGUUGGACUGCCACCUCAUCCAAAACCUAGAAAUAGCCUUCCCUAGCUAAAGCUCUGUCCAAAUCUAAAUCCGAAAGUAACCGUUCCUAGCCGAAACUCUGCCCCAAAUAUCAUCACAAUUAAAAUCUCUCAAGAAAGGAAGUUGGAGGUCAAUACCAUCUUUUCCUGAGCCAGAAGAAUCCAAAAGAUAGUCCGAACCAAUACUAAUAAGGGGCCCACCCCUUUUGACCCGAAACAAGGGUUAAGUUCAGGAUCAGCACAAGCCCGAAAAGUGCUGGCUGUCGAUUAGGCAACAAAGAAGUCUACUGACAAGGGGAAGAGAGUCGUUGAUGGGCCAAGUGGUGAGAGAAUUGCAACCGCUAUGGUUGGUGCCACCAAGAUCGCCCCUAUAGUGAUUGAGCCGCAGGCUGAGAAACUGAGGAGCCCCUCGGUGAAGGGGUUAACUCAGCGCAGUGUGCUAAGUAAAGGGCUACAAUUGGUCGAUGGAGACAGCUUGUCGAUUCGAGCGGAUGGUGCAUGCUCGCAUAAAGACCGAAGCUGAGACAAAAAGGAUCCGAGGGAAGCCAUUGAAGGUUAGGGGUCAGCUCAAGGUGGCUAGCAAGAAUGCCCGUGUUGAGGAAGAGAAGGCCGAUGCUACAGAGAGAAGGGUAGAGGUCCUAGUGGCUCAGAUGGCCUUGCAACUCCAAGACUUGGUGAAGGCUAAGGAGACACUCCAGGCUAAGGUCACAGAGACCCAAGAGAGCUUAAAAAAGCUGAAGGAGGAACACGCUGCUCGGGUGAGGGCCAUGGAGGAUAAGCACCGAGCUGAGCUAAAGGUUGCUUUGAAGAAUAUGGUGGAGGGGUAUGUUGUUACUCUGGAAGGGGAAGCGUGGCUAAUCGAUCUGAACACCACCUCGUUCAACCUCGGCUCAGACACCACGGCGAAUUUCGCUCUGUGCAAAUGCCCCUCCCUCAACUUUUUUGACAAUAAGCAUUACAUUGCUCCUCCUCCUGAGUCUUCUGUGCUUCCUACUAGUCCAGAUGAGCAUGGGGCAGUUGAAGUCGCCGUCCCGAGGAAGUCCGAUGAGUGAAAUAAAGCUAAGCUCUCCCCCACCCCUUCUCUUCCCUUUUUUUGUGGGCAUUGAU